AUGUCUGACGAUGAGCAUCACAACCAAACCUUCGAGCAGGCCAGCGCCGGUGCGUCCUUGACGUAUCCCAUGCAAUGCUCCGCCCUCCGCAAAAAUGGAUUUGUCGUCAUCAAAAACCGCCCUUGCAAGAUCGUCGAAAUGUCCACCUCCAAGACUGGCAAGCACGGACACGCCAAGGUUCAUCUUGUCGCCAUCGAUAUCUUCACCAACAAAAAGUUGGAAGAUAUCUGUCCCUCCACCCAUAACAUGGAUGUCCCUAAUGUCCAGCGUAACGAGUACCAGCUCGUCAACAUUGACGAGGGUUUCCUCAACCUCAUGACUCAGGACGGUACCCCCAAGGACGAUGUCAAAGUCCCUGAAGGUGACCUCGGUGGCCAGAUCAGCAAAGACUUUGACGAUGGCAAGGACUUGCUCGUCACCAUCAUCUCUGCCAUGGGUGAGGAGCAGGCUAUUUCCUACAAGGAGGCCCCCAAGGGCUUGUAG